AUGAGCAGCCUUGAAGAGUCUCUAAGAUCUCUGUCCCUAGAUUACCUAAAUCUGCUCAUCAAUGGCCAAGCCUUCAGUGACGUCACCUUCAGCGUGGAGGGUCGUCUAGUCCAUGCCCACAGGUGCAUCCUAGCUGCCCGGAGCCUCUUCUUCCGCAAAUUCUUCUGUGGGCCGGACCCGCCUUCCGGGCUCGACCCGAUAUCCGGGUCGAGGAUGAGCCCUGGUGGCACGUCGUCCUCGUGCCACCGUGCGGCCAAUUCUCAGCACCAGCAGCAGGUGAUACCGGUGAACUCGGUGGGGUACGAGGUGUUCUUGUUGCUGUUGCAGUUCUUGUACAGUGGACAAGUCUCGAUAGUGCCUCAGAAACAUGAGCCAAGGCCUAAUUGUGGAGAGAGAGGGUGCUGGCACACGCAUUGCACCUCCGCCGUUGAUCUUGCUCUUGACACUCUUGCUGCCGCUAGAUCCUUUGGUGUUGAACAACUUGCAUUGCUCACUCAGAAGCAAUUGGCAAGCAUGGUGGAAAAGGCCUCAAUUGAUGAUGUGAUGAAAGUCCUCUUAGCUUCAAGAAAACAAGACAUGCAUCAACUCUGGACAACUUGCUCUCACCUUGUUGCCAAAUCGGGCCUCCCACCUGAAGUCCUAGCCAAGCACCUCCCCAUCGAUGUCGUGGCCAAAAUCGAAGAGCUUCGUCUCAAAUCCUCCCUCGCCCGCCGCUCAAUGAUGCCUCAUCACCACCACCACCAUCACCACCACGACCUCGGGGCAGCAGCCGAUCUCGAGGACCAGAAAAUCCGCCGGAUGAGGCGGGCAUUGGACUCAUCCGAUGUCGAACUCGUCAAGCUCAUGGUAAUGGGCGAAGGCCUAAAUCUCGACGAUGCAUUGGCAUUACACUAUGCGGUCGAAAAUUGUAGCCGAGAGGUUGUCAAAGCAUUACUAGAACUUGGAGCAGCAGAUGUUAACUACCCGGCAGGGCCAGCUGGCAAAACCCCACUUCACAUUGCAUCCGAAAUGGUGUCGCCCGACAUGGUGGCCGUCCUGCUCGACCACCACGCCGACCCGAAUGUCCGGACCGUCGACGGGGUUACUCCCCUCGACGUACUAAGAACCCUAACUUCAGAUUUUCUCUUCAAAGGGGCCGUCCCGGGACUUACCCACAUUGAACCAAACAAGCUCAGGCUCUGCCUGGAGCUUGUUCAAUCUGCUGCUCUUGUUCUUUCCCGCGAAGAAGGCAACAACAAUGCAAACAACGCUCCCAAUUCUUCGAAUUCGACCGCGAUCUACCCGCCUAUCAACGACGAUCACCAUAGUAGUGGCAGCAACAGCGGCAACAUUGGCAACCUAAACUUGGAUUCUAGAUUGGUGUAUCUCAAUCUUGGAGCAACUCAAAUGGGGUCUAGAAAUAUGGACGGUCAUGAUCAUCAAGAUCAUGAUCAUCAUGGGAGCCAUAGUAGCCAUAGGGCACAAGGUGGCUGUGACCCAGCAACAAUGUACCACCACUCUCAUGACUACUAG